AUGGAGAAGCCGUCGGUGGAACAAAUCAAGCAAAUUGUCCGCAAUCUUACCGAGAGCGAUGACCCAGUCGUACACAAAGCUACCGUAGAAAAAUACUUCACCCAAAACGCCGCCUUCACGCACCCCAUCGUCGACGUCAAACCCGCCCCCCACAGCAUCGACACCCUCAAGCAAGUCUACGCCGUUUACAAAGUCCUGACGCGAAAGAUCGAGAUCCACUUCACGCACGUCACCAUCGACGCCGACAACACCCGCGCGGUGAUCGAACUGGAGGAAGAUUUGAACUUCGUCCUCCUCCCCUUCGGCUUCGCGCGGAUCCGGGGGGUCAAGUUCAUGACGGUGCUCGAUCUCGUGCGGAGUCAACGGGACGAUAGAUACUAUAUCAGUAGACAGUGGGAUAUCAUACCCGUAGACGCCGCCAUCAGGAGCUUCCCUUUCGGCUUCGUGUACGGCUGGUGGCGGGGUGUCUGCACGCUUACGGGGUCGGUGGUGGGGUCGGGGUUGCAGAUGUCGGGGCUGUGGGCGACGGCUUAG